GGCUCUCAUCGGUGUAGACGACGCGCUUCUGGGGUGUGAACCACUCCUUGGAUUUCCCAGCGCCGGCGACCACCACGGAUUUCACCUCGAAUCCAUCCACGCUGAAGAACCGCGACGAGGAGGAGCUAGGGAGGAGCGAGAUUUCCAGAUUGACGCCUCCCAGCGGCGGGAUCAUCCCCAGCGAGGGCUUGACGCUGUAUUUGCUGGCGACCAUGGGCUGGACCUUGAAUGCCACGGGCAUGGUGUGGAGGACGCUGUGGAGGUGGACAGUGGCCGUGUGGGACGAAGAUCCAUCGAUGUGGUCCUCGAGAUGGAGCCUUACCUCUGUGGGAUCGACGACCACCAGCCGAUCCAUGGCGCGAUUGAUCCCUUGAAGCGUGAGAAUCAUCCAGGGCAAGAGGACUCGCUGUCAAGCCUUGGGAUUCAUGGCGCGAUGCGAGCGAAGACGACACAAGGGGGCGAUAUUGCAAAUGCAUAGCUUCGUAAAUUAGGGUUCUUCGCAAAGGCGGGAACUUUGGGCUAGGGCUUUUGGGCGGAGGCGAUGGAGAAUGCUACGAUCCAGCCAGGCGAUGGCGUCGCCAGGCGCCGGGAAGCUCCAGGGACUUGGAGCGAGGGAAGAUCCUCCACUCUCGCGCGCUCGACUCCGGCUAUGCCUCGAACACUCUCGUCGCCACAGCGCUCCUCCACAUGUACGCCAAAUGCGGCGCCAUGGCCAGCGCUCACGCGAUCUUCCAGGCGAUGCGCUCCCACGACGUGGUCAGCUGGACAGCGCUCAUCCUUGGCUACGCCGACAAUGGCCGCGGCCAUGUGGCGCUCGAUCUCUUUUCUGCAAUGCGGCGCAGUGGCUGUGAUCCAAACGCCAGGACGUUUGUAGCGGUGAUCCUGGCGUGCUCGAGCAUGGCAGCGGUGGACCGACCCAUGGCGAUCGAGAAGGGGCGAUGGAUCCACGAGCAGGCGGCCCAGCACGGCUUCGACACGGAUAGAUUUGUCGGGAACACGCUGGUGGACAUGUACGCGAAGUUUGGAAGCAUGGCCGACGCUGCCAAGGCUUUCGAUCGAAUGCCACAGCGAGACGUGGUGGCAUGGACGUCACUGAUGCUCGGCUACGCGGCCGCCGGCGAGGGGGAGCUUGUUCUCGAGCUCUUCUCGCGGAUAAGAUCGCAAGGCUGUGCUCCGGAUCGCCUGUGCUUCACUGCUGCUCUCACGGCAUGCUCGAUCGUCGCUGGGAAAGAAACUGGCAAAAGAAUCCCAGUGCCAGAAGCUCAUCCAGCGAUGGUGGUGAAGCUCGAGAGCUUGCGAAAGGUGAUGGAGAUUCACUCCCAGGCCGCUACCUCCGGGAAGAACUUCGACGUGUGCCUGAGCAACACGCUGGUGGAUGCCUACUCCAAAUCCGGGAGCUUGCUGGAUGCUCGCCGCGUCUUCGAUCGGAUGCCUCGCCACGACGUUGUCUCGUUCACGGCACUGAUGCUCGGAGCGGUGGAGGGCGAUCGAGCGGAGACUGCCCUCGAGCUCCUUGGAUCGAUGAGAGCACGGGGCUGCGAGCCCAAUGCAAGAACUUUCGUGGCGGGACUGAUGGCGUGCACCAACUUGGCAGCCAAAGAAGAAGCUCGGUUGGAAAUACUCCCGGAUGGUACAAGGAUGGCGUUCAAGCUCGCGAGCCUGGAGAGAGGAAUGGAGCUCCACUCGCAGGCCGCCAAGGAACGAUACGACGUCACGGACAUGUUCGUGGGGAACACGCUGGUGGAUUUCUACUCCAAGUGCGGCAGCCUCCAGGACGCGACGAAAGCUUUCGACAGGAUGGCGGAGCAUGAUCUGGUCUCUUGGAACGCCUUGAUCGCGGGGCACCUGGACAACGGCCUGGACGAGCGAGCGCUGCAGCUCUUCCUCGAGAUGGACCGCCGAGGCUGCUCGCCGGAUCCAGCCUCGUACACCUCGGCCCUCGCGGCCUGUGCCGGGCUCGCGUCUCUGGGAGCCGCGCGAGACAUCCACUGGCGACUCUGCAAGGCCGGGCUGGAGACUGACGCCUUCGUCCACAACGCGCUGGUCGACUUCUACGGCAAGUCCGGCAGGAUGGCCGACGCCGAGCUCGUCUUCCAGUCCCUGGCGAGCGUCGACGUUGUGACUUGGAACGCGCUGGCCGCGGGGCUUAGCCGCCAGGGGAGCUACCGCCUGGUGGUGGAUCUCUUGUGGGCGAUCAAGGACCAAGGCCUGGAACCCGACGGUAUCACUUUCCUGGCGCUUCUCGCGGCCUACGGCCAUGCCGGGCUGGUCGACCAUGGACGCCGGGCCUUCGCCGCUAUGGUGGAGACUUACCGGAUAGAGCCGGGCAUCGAGCACUACCACUGCCUGGUGGACAUGCUGGGGAGAGCGAACCGGCUCGAGGAAGCCGUGGCGGUGGUGUCGGCAAUGCCGCACAGGCCGAGCUCCGUGACUUGGACGACCGUGCUGAGCGCCUGCGUCAAGUGGAAGAACUUGGGCGUCGCGAGCGUGGCGUUUGAGUCGCUGCUGGGGAUUGAUCCGGACGGGCCAGCGGCGUACGUGUUGAUGGCGAACGUCUAUGGCAGCGCUGGGAUGGCGGAGGAGGAGGCCAAGCUUCUAGAGCACGUAAGACGAUGAAGAUCUUGUUAUCUAACUCCAGGGACACCGGUCGAAGCAUCGAUACAUUAGUACGCUGUUAGAGAACUCCACAAGAUCUAUGAAACAAAACAUUGAUCGAUUGAUACA